UUUCUCCUCUCAUUGUUGUGAUGAUAAUGUCAACACAUGGAUCUUGUCAAGGACCUCUUGCUCCUGUACAGGGUCCGUUGAUGAGAUUUCCCUUGGUGUCUCCUAGAUCUAUGUAUAGGAGAAGCGGAUAGACUAUGGUGGUGAGGGUCUGGAAUUGAUGGUGAAUGAAGAAGGGCGCUUUCAAGGGUUGAUAAUUGCUCGUUGACGCGAGCUGAGGUUCUCAAUAAAGACCAAUGGGAGCUCACUUUCGUUCUAGAAUGUGAGUUAGCCUUAGCCUCUCGCCCUUUUGGGCAAUGAUUAAAGAAUGCUGCUGGACUUGAGCUAUCAGGCCACGUAGGAGGUGGUUCGUCUUCUGUCCUCCUGUGAACAACGGGAUUUGCUGAAUCUUGUUGGGGAGGGGAAUGAUGACACGAUGCCAUUGCUUCAUAGACUUGUUGCUUUUGAGAAAAAACAACGAUGUGCUUCAGCUGCACGGGAUGUCUCACAGGAGUCAUUUGAUCUUAAAAGUAUGAAAUGGAAAGAUUGUUUUGGCUUAAUUCCUGCAAAGGAAGUUAAUGAUUUGAGGUGGACUUAGAUCAUCGUCCCAAGAGACUUCUAAGUUGCUGAAGACAACAUUGCUCUAAGGAAGAGGUGGUCUAUGUUAGGUCUUCGCGGUAUAGUUUGGGUCGGUUUUGAGACAACAUUGCUCCAAGGAACGGGUGGUCUCCGUUACUUCUGAAAAAUCUUAACAUUAAGUUUUUUUAACAUGUAUUUCAAACUCUUGUCAAUCAAAAUUAACGGGCACAAUAUGCAACGUAACAACCACAAUGUGUUUCUGAAAGAGCAAAAUCUGAUUACUAUUGCCUUAGGCUGGACAACAAUAAAUUUUCUAUAAACAAAGCAAUGUGUUUAUGAUAGACCAAUAUUUUUAACGGUUAGACUCACAGAUUUUAUAAUAGAUUCAAUUCAUCAAAUCAUUUUCAAUGUCUUUAACCACUGCAUGUCAUAGCCACAGUGACCACCCAACCUCUACCACACAAGAUCUCUCCAUCUCACCACAAAAAGAUCAUUUUUUUUCUUUCUACCUUCUUCUUGUUGAAGAAAGGAUAAAGAAAAAAACAUAUAAACAUUUCAGUUUAAUUAUUCCACAGACCUUUACUUAAUUAUUUGUAUGUACUUGAAACCAGCCAGAACAGAGAAAAUUCCAGAAAAAUAUUAGUCCUAUACAAAUGGCUAGAGUAGCUGGCAUAUUUGUUUGUCUCCUGAUUGUAAUCAUGGAUAUAGCAGCUGGGAUUCUUGGUUUGGAGGCUGAAAUUGCACAAAACAAGGUUAAGCAUUUGAAAUUGUGGAUAUUUGAAUGUAGAAAGACAAGUCAUGAUGCCUUCAUGUUGGGAUUGGGUGCAGCAGUGCUUUUGGGACUAUCUCAUGUUAUAGCCAAUUUGUCAUGUUGCUGCAAUUGUGUUUGUUCCCAACAAGAAUCUAAGAAAGCUUCCUGUAAAAGGAAACUCUCUCUAGCUUGCCUUAUUUUAACCUGGUUGGUGGUGGCUGUUGGAUUGUCCAUGUUGGUGAUAGGGUUUAUGUCCAAUAAGAGGGCACAUAGUUCUUGUGGUUUCUCACACCAUCACUUUUUGUCUAUUGGUGGAAUUGCCUGUUUUAUCCAUGGUUUAUUAUGUGUUAUAUAUUACAUUUCUGCCGCUGCCUCUUUAGAUUAGUAUUUUGUAACAUAAUAGUAACAUCUAUUGGUCACUGAGUUAUUUUAUUAGGG